UAGCAUUACAUGGUUACAACCACAACCUGUGCAGACACAAUUUGCCUGAUCGUGGCUAAGGAGUGCUGCGCGGAUAUUCGCUGUUAAUACUCCGGUACAUUUUCAAAAUUUCGUUUUUUGACAUAGUUUCUGCUGCUGCGCGGGGAAAUAGACGGAGCUUUGGCGCUCCGUGUUUUGAAAGCCCGAAAUAAUCGCUGUCAGGAGGAGACUACUGUAUUGUUGAUGUCAUCCGCGGCAGAGCUGUAGCGACCUUCAAUUUCCAGACAAGACCAGGAUAAACAAAGACUUGUUUUGGGGUGUUUUUUCGUCUUUGUUUUGUUUUGUUUGCCAUUGACACCAGCAGCGAUGAUGGGACUUUUGCUGCGCCGUGCCCUGCUGUUAUCCGUUUUCACUUUCACAGCCGGUCUAGAUUCUAGGCUGGAAUCCAACCCUUUCGGACAGUCGCUUUUUGCGAGGCAUUCAAACAUUAAAGCACAAGCAGCGAACAUCGUAAAGAGAGCUCUGCCUGCAUGGCUGGCUGCAUCACCAAUCCACAACAUAAAACGAAGAAGCACCGAGCAGGGCGACUCCUGCAAAGCAAUUAAAGGAGCUGACACCAAGUUAGCAGAAAACACCCACAGUUAUACCUUCAAUGACCUGAGUGGGUCAGUGUCGCUGGCCUGGGUUGGAGAUGGCACUGGGGUCAUUCUGGCUUUGACGACCUUUCAGGUGCCCUUCUUCAUGAUUAGACUCGGGCAGUCAAAACUCUAUCGAAGUGAAAACUACGGGAAGUCGUUCGAAGAUGUGACGUCCCUCAUCAACAACACCUUCAUCAGGUCAGAGUUCGGCAUUGCUAUCGGGAACAGUGGGAAAGUGAUCCUGACAGGAGAAGUUUCUGGAGGUCUUGGGUCCAGGGUCUUUGUCUCUGAAGACUUUGGAAAGAGUUUCAUCCACCGCGACCUGCCCUUCAUCCCCCUGUCGCAGAUCACAUACAACCCUGACAAUUCCAAUGUGCUUCUGGUCCUCAGCAACAGUAAUGAACUGUGGCUGUCUGAAGAUUUUGGCAGCAACUGGAAAAAGAUCCAAGACACAGUGUGUCUUGUUAAAUGGGGAAGGAAAAAUACAAUUUUCUUCACAUCCAGCCGGAAUGGAUCCUGCGUGGAUCGGGGAAUGCUGGAUCUGAAGAGGUCUAGCAACUAUGGUAAAACCGUCAAGACAGUCGCUAGUAAGAUCUACUCCUUCGGUCUGGGUGGACGCUUCCUCUUUGCCUCUGUGAUGACAGGCAGGGGAACUCUCAGGAUGAUCCAUGUGUCAGUGGACCAGGGUGACAAGUGGAACAUGGCCCAGCUGCCCCCUGUCGGGCACGAGCAGUUCUACUCCAUCCUGGCAGCCAACGACGACAUGGUCUUCAUGCACGUCGAUGAGCCUGGAGAUACAGGAUUUGGCACCAUUUAUGUAUCAGAUGACCGGGGCACCGUGUACUCCAAGUCAUUGGAGCGCCACCUUUACACCACCACGGGGGGCGAUACCGACUUCACUAAUGUCACCUCCCUGCGAGGAGUAUUCUUCACCAGCGUUUUGGCGAAAGAUAACUCUGUGCAGUCUGUGGUGUCCUUUGAUCAGGGAGGGGAGUGGGUCCCCCUGAGGAAACCUGUCAACAGCAAGUGCGAUGCUACAGCUAAAGACCCAGACAAGUGCACUCUCCACAUCCAUGCGGCCUACAGCACUGCUAUGAAGCUGAACGUCCCCAUGCUGCCUCUGACUGAACCAAACGCUGUGGGCCUCAUCAUAUCUCACGGGAGUGUUGGGGAUGCCAUCUCAGUGAUGAAGCCUGAUGUGUAUGUGUCUGAUGAUGGGGGGUAUACAUGGAUAAAGGCCCUGGAUGGGCCCCAUCACUACGCUAUUCUGGACUCUGGAGGGCUGCUGGUUGCUGUGGAGCAAAGCCUCAUUAAACCUAUCAACACCAUCAAAUUUUCUACUGAUGAAGGACAGUGCUGGCGUAAUUACGUCUUCACCAAAGACCCCAUCUACUUUACUGGGCUGGCCUCGGAGCCGGGAGCUCGCUCCAUGAACGUCAGUGUCUGGGGCUACAGAGACGCCCUCCUCAGCCAGCACUGGAUCUCCAUCACCAUCGACUUCAGGGAUCUGCUCACCAGAGACUGUGGUGAUGAUGACUAUGUGCAGUGGUUGGCCCACUCUGAUGACAUCAGUGACCCCAAAGAUGGCUGCAUGCUGGGCUACAAAGAGAAGUUCCUGCGUCUCAGGAAGGACUCUGUUUGCUGGAACGGACGAGAUUUCGAGGUCAACACGUCGCCGACCCCCUGUUCGUGCACCCUGGAUGACUUCCUGUGUGACUUUGGUUACUACCGUCAGGAGAACAGCUCUGAGUGUGUGGAGCAGCCGGACCUGAAGGGCAAAGUGCUGGAGUUCUGUCUGCAAGGCAAAGAGGAACAACUGCAGACCAGUGGCUAUAGGAAAAUCCCCGGAGAUAAAUGUGAGGGAGGAAAGAUGCCUGAGCGUAAAGAGAUCGACCUCAGUAAGAGGUGUGUGAGUGACCUGGUGGGCCCUGAACUUCUGAUCGACGGUCCCUCCUCCAAGUCUGUACCCAUUGUGAUAACAGUCCUCAUCGUCAUGGUGCUGAGCAUUGCAGCCGGAGUCGUCUUCAUCAAGAAAUAUGUCUGUGGUGGCAGGUUCCUGGUUCACAGGUACUCUGUGCUGCAGCAGCAUGUCGAGGACAAUGCUGUUGAAGGGAUGGACGACCCCCUGGACACAGACCACACUCAGAAUGGCAAGAUAGAGUUUCACGACGACUCAGAUGAGGACAUGCUGGAAUAACAGGAUUAACCUGACAUGCUACUGAGCAACAGUUGAGCUUCCAGUUUUUGGCCGCUGCUCCUGUCUCUUUCGUCUCCAACUACUUCUUCCUUUCACCUUCUAGUAUGAAGUUUGGCCUCAGCUAUCAGAUGGAGAGUCUGCGUUGCUCUGCUGUCAUCUAUGAAGUAUGAUGAAUGUACGGAAGCUUCCUGGGACUAUUUCCACAGUGGGGGAGGAAGGGGGUCUUGUAGUAUUGUGCUUCAGUUAUUGAUUCUGUUGAUUGAGUUUAAGUCUCUAACUUAUUUAUUUUAAGGAAUGAAGUACUGAUGCAGUAAUUUAAACUGCUGACAGAGUAAUGGGGUUUGAAGUGAAGCUACUUGUAUAAAUCCACCACUGCAUUAUGGGUCCUGCUUCGCCCAUCACCUGGGAGCGCUCGAAAUACUUCUCAUUUUGGUUGAAGAUCCGAGACCUUUUUUCUCAUGCACUCGUACAUAAACCUGUUCUUCUUUGCUGUUUUUGACAAUUUGCUAGGUGUUAUAACGAUUGCUGUUUGUAGCUGGUUAAUAACUCUCCAAAACAAUUGAAUCCCAUCUUUAAAUAAGGUAUUUGACAGCAAGGAGUAUGUAAAUGUGAGGUUUUUGAGCCUUCUCCUCUGUUGGCACAGAUUUGUGAAAUCCCCUGUUGUAGUGUAUAUUUGGAAUAAAAGCCAGUGUACUUUUACUCCAUGGCAUUUAGAACCACGGAUGAAGUAAUAAGACCCGAGUGGAAAUUGCUUUACAUUUUUGCAUUAGGUUUGAUAGCAAUAACAAUGUUUGGAUUCAGUUUAUUGUCCGUGCAUGUGAAAUAAUCCCAUUGGCACAAUAUCUCUAAUUUAUCCAGCUGUUCCUUUUGAUGAAUGGUCAUUGUGUGAAACACAUUACGCAUAACUGUAUAGGGGGGUAAGGUGUGUCUGUUUCAAGACAGGAUUUGUGUAUGUCUGCAGUUCUAACUGCCCAAAGCACAAGGUCGUUUGUAUGCUAGGAGUUUGUAAUUUGACAUUUUUCCUUAAUGUGACCUAAUGAUUAACGAUCAGUCUGUAAUAAUCACUGUAGUCAUGCACACAUCAUGUUUAUAGUAAUUUGAGCAGUUUUUGUACUAACACACUUUUGAACUGUUACAAAUUGUGAUUCAAAGAAGUCAAGAGUACGAAAUAAUUCUAGUUUGAUAGUAAAUAUCUACAGUUAUUUUUUACAUCAGAUUCCGAUGAUUGAAUACAUUGAUAUGAUUUGGCAUGGAAGCAAUAAGAAAUGUUGUAUAGCAUAUUUAACAAUGUAGCCUAUUAGAGUUAACGGACGUGGUGUUUUUUUAUUUGCAUUUGCAUCUGAGUUUGAGCAAAUACACUGAAUUAUUAUCGAAGGUUUCUCAUUUCACAGAAAACUGCUGUUUUUUAAAAUGAUCUUCAUACUAUUGUCUCAAGUCUUUAAGGGAUUCUCUUUUUUCCUACUUUUUAACAUUUGUUCCAAAAUUAUUUGUCCUUCUUAUUUGAAAUACAAUGCUUUCAUGCAGGUUUUAUUUAUUUGUGACUUGCAGGUUCAGAGUGCAGUAAAUUGGAUGUGGUUAUACAAGUGCCUGGUGUCAGGAUAAGAUGUGAGGCCCUCCUAAUGUGUGGCCAGCAUCUAUUUACUGAAAAUGAUCUGCAUCAACUUAUGUGUAACCAGUCAUAUCAAGUUUGUCAGUGACACCCCGAAGUAGCUCUUGUUGUCUAACAUGAAUCCUUUAGCAGUGACAGACGUGUUUCAUACCAGCUCCCUCUGAACGGCAUGUUACAUUUCGAUAUUUAAAUCAAAAGAGCUUUGUAAAGAAAAUAGCCUAAAAUAAAUAGGUUAUUUUCUCUGUCAUGUCUUGGCACAAUACAUAAUUCUGAGUGAAACUUUGACGAGAUUAAACUCCAUACAGGGUUAUUAUGUAGCUGCUACAAACUGGGAGACACUUGGCAAGGUUUUUUUAUGGGUUUAUUGCAUUCAUAAAAAUGUAACGCAUUUUUUCUUACGAUUUAAAACUGCUGUAUAAAUUAAUAAUUCAUUGUGAUGGUUCUGUAACUAUACAAGGUUACAUCUUUGUGUCUCUCUUAUGUAUAUUUGAGGUUUUUUUCUUUGGGUUUGCCAAUAAAUUCAUAUGUUCCUC